AGAAUACAAACAUCUUAUAAAGGAGGCGCGCGAUCCCUGUACUCACCGUGCCUCACGUGGAUCGCACGUGAUCAAACGUCAGGAUCGAUCGAGAGAGAAGGAGAUGGAAGGCGCGAAAGAGAUAGAGGCCAUGGAAUCGGCAUGCGAUCCACGGGAAUUAGUUUCUGAUGACGAUGAAAUCGACUACUCUAUAAAGCCAGAAUUCUAUGAUCCAGAUCUUGAUGAUAAAGAUGAAUCAUGGGCUCAUAAGAAAAGAAAGGGUCGCAUCUCCGAUGCUGUGCUGAGCUGUCCAGCUUGUUUCACUACCCUUUGCCUGGAUUGCCAAAGGCAUGAGAAGUACCUGACCCAAUUCAGGGCCAUGUUCGUAGUCAACUGCAAGAUCAUGACAAAUCAAAUACUGCGGCAACAAAAACAGAAACUGAAGAGGACCAACAGCCACAUUAAUUCUAGCGAGCUUGAGAAGGAUGCAGUGUUCAGGCCCGUGUGCUGUUCGGUUUGCUCUUCAGAAGUCGGAGUCUUUGAUGAAGAUGAGGUUUAUCAUUUCUUUAAUGUUCUUCCUAGUGAGCCUUGAACAGUUACAUCAGUGUGCAUGAAAAUGUGUUAAUAGAAUGUUUUUAGUCUCGAUGUGACUCAGAUCAUUGCAGUCUAGGUUUGAUGCAUCAUGCAUGUAGAAUUUUCCCA